AUGGAUAAAAGUCGGUUAAAACAGAAGCUAAACUCAAGAAAGUCUAUAUUCGAAUACGAACCAACUACUGCUCAGAGAAACAAGCAAUCAAGAUUUAGUGCGUUAAAAGAGUUUGAAAACGAAACAGAGAAAAUAAGUAAAUUAACACAGCAACCAAUUACUCAAAAAUCUCCUAAAAAAUCUCAAAGUGUUGGUGUAAAGACACAGAUUAAGCAUCUCAAGAAACAAGGCAACACUGUUAAUAAAUUUAAACCUGAUGAUUCAGAUACUUGUAUAUUUUUCAAGGAUGAAUCAAUUGAAGCAAUGAAACCACCAGAAUUAUAUGAGUUUGCAGUUGAAUCUAGUGAGAAAAAGGAAAUAACUACUUCAACUGAAGAAUUCGAAAUUAUUGAAGAAAACGAAACAAAUGAUUACAACAUUAAUGAUGAGCAAGAUGAAAUUGAUGAUCUAGAAGAAGAUAAUCAAGCUAUAAUCAAUGAAGAAGAGGAUAGAAAAGAAGUUAUUCAACCUCUUCCAGAAAAGACAUUAGAAUCAAAUCAAAGUCCUUUCUUUCAAAAUACAUCAUCAGAUAGUAGUGCAGAAGUUGAGUUCGUAGAAGCCAUAAUAUCAAAACCGAAGCGCACAAGAAAAUAA